UUUAAAGCAAAUCGAAAAUUUUCUGAAGCAUAUAGGCUUACUGAUGUCAAUCAAGAAGCUAAAAACAGCAUUGCAUUUGCACUUCAUAAUACUUAUGUACGAAACAGCGCCUUGUAUUAUUUAGAGUUAAUACUAUUCAAACAAGAAGCAAGCCUAAAAAAUUUUCCUAAUAUGCCAAUUUCUGAACUGUUAACACAACAACCUUUACAAUACUUGAAGCAGAAAGCUAUUUUUGAUACCAUUGUUUUAGCAAUUGAACGUGAAGAAGAAAUGAUUCUAUAUAAAGCUGAAGAAAGUAAUAUUAUAAAACUUUCAAAUGAUUUAGUUCAUCCCUCUCAAAACUUACUUGACUUAAUUAAAUUUAUAUAUUCUGACGUAACUAUAUAUGCCAAUAAUCCAUGUUAUUUUGUAAAGCAUAAAAUUCUUGCUCCAAAAAAUGUUGAUGUUGAUUUGGUUAAUAAAAUUGUUAUAGAACUAUGUUUAAGCGAAGCGUAUGAAUACUUGAGCGCAGAUGCUAUUGAUAAGACAACUGAAGA